AUUUGUUCGUUGUAAACUAAAAUUAGGUAAAAAUUAAAGUACAGAAAAAUUAAAACAAAAAAAACUGUUUUGGCCAAGUCCAGAAAUACCAAAAAAAAGAAAGGAAAACAAAGAGUUUUAAGUGUUGGUUCAGAAUGCGCAACCAGAAAGUGGAAGAGCAAACCUUAAACCGACUUACGCCCUACAAUGUGAUGCGUUUGCAAAACUGCAAAUCCUUCAAGUUUCGCAAAGGCGAAAUGUAUCCCAACAUCAGGCCACCGGUAUCGCAAUGCAGCCCCAGCCAUACUUUCACCCUGCUAUCGUCCACAAUGGAAGCCAACGGCUGUGGACCCAUCGAUCCUUCGUUGCUUGAGCAAACUAAGGAUAAUCCCUAUGCCGAUAGCAUGCCAAAGGUACCAAAGAAGCUGAUUGCGCCGCCAGAUUAUCCCUGUAGGGAUAAAGAGCGGCGACUCCAUGCGCAGGUCUUGGGAGAUGCAGAAAUGGCGGAGAAGUGGAGCAAACUAACGCCCAGAGAACUGAUACGUAUGCACAACUGCAAGACGCAUGUGUAUCAGAAAACAGAGACAUAUCCGUCCAUUAGGCCGCCAGUGUCGCGUUGUAGUGUGGGGAAGACGGCCGAGUGGCUGGUCGAUGCUCUCGAGGAUAAUUGUUGUAGCCGCCUGUUCGAUAUGGAGCAGGACGAUAUCUUAGACGUGUGGAAGCAAAGUCCGCACAAGCACACUCUUAGUUUUUACGGCGUUGGCCCCGGUAUUCCUCCGCCUGAGGCAGUUGUCUUCAAUAAGGUAAUUUCAAAGUGCCUCGACAAGGUUAACACCCCGAAACCCGCAAGAGAAACGUACACUUCCCCUAAAUUAAAGCAGAAACUGCCAUCCAGGAAAACUGUGCCGUGCGGCGGCCUGGUGCUAAAUCAACCAUUGUUGGCUGUGAAGCUCAGUAAGAUGCCAAACGUGAAGAGAAAAUUGAAUGCAAAAGAAGUGCUCGAUUAUCUUUACUGCUCGCGUCCUGCAAACGCUGAAGUACCUUUUCUCGAUGAGAAGAGGAUCGGUUUAAAUGCAGCUCUUGAUAUGGAGAAACCAGUUGCAAAAUCACGACAUAGUCUUAGGAGGAAGCACUACUAUUGUGAUUUAAAAUGCGGACUUGCCGAGAACAAGUGCACAGAUCUCGAGUGGAUGAAGUAUAAGGCAGCACCUGAGCCAUAUAAUGAGGCCUUUAAACGGGAGAUGGAGGAAAUGGAGCAGGAUAUCGAGCCGGAGCCUAAGAAUUACGAUGAGCUUUAUGAUGAAUUGCUAACUUGUUUUGAGGAUGAUACAAACAUAGAUCCUGCAUGUGAACUUUAUAAACGAUGCUGUUGGAAGUCCACUCAAGACGGUUCAGAGGAUGGUAGUGGAAAUGUGCCCACUGCAGGAGGAGGACGUGUUCCAGGCAGAAAGCCUCCUGGAAAAAGCUCUAGUAGACACAGUGGUAAGGAAGAGAUUGAUCAACCCGAUAAAGAUGGGCAUGGAAAGCUGGUGCCAGAAAAGGAUAAAGAAAAGCCCAAUAUUACGAUAGAUAGUCCAGACAAAACAGAUAAGGAUAAGCCUGAUAAGAAGCCCGGCAAACAGAGACCUGAUAAAGACAAAACUAAUGAUGAUCAACUAGAGGAUGAAGACAAACCAGCUAAGGGAAAACCUCAUAAGAAACCCGCUAAAGAUAAGCCACAUAAAGAUGAUACUACAAAAGACGAUUCGGCGAAACCUUCAAAGGAUGAUAAGGAUAAGGGGAAGGAUAGAGAUAAAGAUAAAAGUAAGGAUACAGAUAAAGAUAAAAGUAAGGAUAAAGAUAAAAGUAAGGAUAAGCUUGGCUACGAGUCGGACGACGAAAAAGGCAAAAAACCUCCGAAAAAAACUAGUAAAACAGGUGACGAAUUUGUUGAGGAGACAAUUGCUCCUCCUAUUGCUCCUCCUAUUGCAGUCCCUAUUGAUGUACCGUCAAGGGAUACGAUCACAGAUUUUUUUAAAGAAAAGCCAGAAGGUCAUUACAAGAAACCGUCUAAAAAGCCUUCUAAAAUAUGGAAACCACCUGGAAAAAAACCAAGUAUUAUCAAGAAACCCCCGAAGACUGAUGAGAAACCAGCUGAGGAGCCCGUCAAGGACUGUCCUUGCGAGAUCUGCGAGUUUAUGAGACGUCGCUUUCAGGAGCCCGACUCGCCUCUCAUUAUCGAGAUGAAGCGAAGAGAGAAGCGUAGGCAGCUCAAAGAGUAUUAUAGGCAAAUGUGUUGUCGCCAAAGACCUCAGGCUCCUCAGUAUCGAGCUCCAUUGCACAAAUGUGAUCCCAUCGAGUGCGACGAUACGUUUUGCCUUAAUCCCAAGCUGGCCGAGUAUAGUGACUGCUUGGAUGCGAUGUAUAAGCUGCAACAGCUAUUGGGCCCCAAGCAUUGCAUUGUGGACAAUGAGCUGAGGUUCAAUCUGGAGGAUCUUAAGCGUCGCAUCUGUAAACGCUUUUGUGAAUGUUUAUAGAAAGUCUAUCUAUCUAUAUACAUAUGUCUUUUGUAUCGAUCAGUGCGUAUACGUAAUGGGUUGAUUCUGGUAUAUAUAUUGCUGUUUGUGUGUAUUCAUAAAUUUCCUUCUCUUUAAGCAAAA